AAUCGAACAUUAGUCAUAACUAGAUCUACAUAUCCCUAAUCGGCUUCAUCUUGAAAAAAUAGCUUGGGAAAAAAAUUGUGUGCAAGAAGAAAACCAAUAAAAUUGUGAUUAUAAACCAAUAGAACUACAAAUACUUUAGAGAAAAGAGAAUAAUUUGCUAAACAAAAUAUUUAAACAUUUAGAGGAAAAGCGACGUAACGCAGCAGAACGUAAGACAAAAAUAUGGUAUCGAAAAAGAAUUUUCAAAAUGGCAGAGUAAAUGCAGCACAACAACAACGUCAGAUGCCAUAUAAAAAGCCACCAAUAAAACCACCGAUGAACACCAAUUUUAACAAUAAUCCAAUGUUCAAUGUCAGUCAGAUACCCGACAAUCCGGGUUAUUUAGAUUUUGAUUUCAAUCUACCCACACCACCGAAUAAUGGCAAUAAUAAUGCCGCCUUCAACAAGAAUAAUAUCAACAACAAUGCAGCCGCAGCAGAUGCUAAAAAGAAAAACAAUAAUAACAAGAAUAAGGCGAAGAAUGGAAAGCCCCAGCCAAAUGUUGGAUGGAAGAAUAACAAUCAGGUUGGAGGACCUGUGAACAAUCCUCGCUUCAACGGUCCACGCAACAACUUUGGUAUGGCAAAUCGUGGCCGCGGCAAUCGUAUGAUGCCACCAAUGGGCGCAGGUCCUCGUGGCAUGGGUCCCAUGGGAUUCCAUCCACCAAUGGGUGGUUUCCAACCACCAAUGAUGCCACCACCCAUGCCGAUGCGUCCGCCAAUACCCCCAAUGGGUAUGGGAGUACAGCCUCCACCUCCAUUUAUGCGUCGCAAUGGACCCAUGCCACCAAUUCCGCCCAUGAUUCCACCACGCAUGAUGCCACCGGCACCCUUCAUGGCCGGCGGUAAGAUAAAGAAAAACAAACUUAGCCCCAAAAAGGUUACCAAGGGUAAGGGCAGUACAGUGAAAACCCUCAAGAAUUUGAUUAAUCAAUAUCCCAUUGACAAACCAUGGGUAACCAGCGAAAUACGGGAGGAGCAUGACAAGAAAGUCGAUAUUGAGAAUCGUCUUAAAGGCAACAAAGACGAUGAGUUGUUUGCACAGUUCAAAGUACAACGUGACAAAUUCGUGGCCAUGUACGAGUCUGCCCGCGAGGAGUAUUUGAAAAAGGAGGCUGCUUCGGUUAAGGCUAAGGAUGAAAAAGACAAACAAACAAAUACAACCAAAAAGGACGAUAAAAAAGAGGCAAACACAAAUGAAAAUAAAAAGAAUUAACUUUUUACAAUGGUAUAUAUUUAAAUAGAAAAGAGUUGCAAGAGCUGACAAAUUAAGAGAGAGCUUCAAUAUACAAAUACGAUACUAUGAAAAUCACAUCAUCCAGUACACAUAAUCUUGAAAAGUUCUGAAAUAUUAAGAAACCAAGUUAAUGUUUUUAAUGAUUUUUCCAAUGCUUAAUCAGAUAUAAAAAUAACUUUAAAGAAAGCGUUCAAUAAUUAAUUAUAUUUAUCUGUGUGUCUAUUUAAAGAUGUAAAGAAAACCAAAAAUGUAAACAUUAAAAUCAGAACUUAUUCUCAUUUGCUGCAUUAACGGUCGAUCACAAAGAAUUGAACAACAUUUUAACUUAACUAGUAAUCUUGCAAAAGCCAAGUUCUGUUUUUAAAGCAGUCGCAACACUUUGCUUGCCGCGCUGCUGCAUGAAAUACUAUUAUUAAUAUAUCAACAAAGAAAAGAAAACAUACCUCUAACUUUAAGACCAUUCAAAUAAAUUUUGAAAACAAUUAUUUACACAAAUAUUUCAUUUGCAUAACUAUACUAAACGAAAUUUUUAAAAA